GGAAAGACUCUGCUGAUCCUGUAACAUGGAGGAUUGCCUUCAUACCUCAUCUGAGAAUCUGUCCAAAUUGGUCAGCUGGGCCCACAGCCAUGGGACCAUUUGCAGCCUCAUUCCAAACCUGAAACACUUGCUUUCGGAGGGUUCCCAUGGGAACCUGACAGCAAUGUGGGGCUGUAGUGCUGGCCAUGCUUAUCACUGGCCACUGACAGCCACUUGCAGAGCUGGGUCCCAAGAAAGGGUUUGUUUCCAAGAUAACAGAAGUUUUAACUCUGAUAGUCCCAGUAUAAUUGGAGUGCCCUCUGAGACACAAACUAGCCCCGUUGAAAGGUACCCUGGGAGACCAGUGAAAGCAAAGCUAGACUGUAAUCGGACCAGAGACUCUUGUGACUUCUCUUAUUGCAGUGAGCCAUCGGAACUGGAUGAGGCUGUUGAAGAAUAUGAAGAUGAAAACACCCUGUUUGACAUGGUUUGUGAGUCUUCUGUUACAGAUGAGGACAGUGACUUUGAACCCCAAACCCAAAGGCCUCAAAGCAUUACUCGAAAAAGGCAUGGAAUAAUCCCAUCUUCUCUCCAUUCAAGCUCCCAGGCUCAGAUGGUUGAUGAAUGCAGCAAUGAUGUCAUCAUUAAGAAAAUCAAACAAGAGAUUCCCGAAGAUUAUUACAUUGUGGCAAACGCAGAGCUGACCGGAGGGGUAGAUGGACCAGCUCUAUCGCUGACGCAGAUGGCAAAACCCAAGCCUCAGACUCAUGCUGGUCCCUCCUGUGUAGGGUCUGCUAAGCUGAUUCCCCACGUGACAUCUGCCAUUGGCACAGAGCUAGACCCACAUGGUGUGUCUGCAUCCCCCUCUGUGAUGUCCAGACCAAUCCUCCAGAAGACUGCCAGGGUAUCUCUGGCUUCACCAAACAGAGGACCCCCUGGUGCCCAUGGCGCCAACCAGCAGGUGGCCAUGCAGAUGCCUGUGAGCACAUCCCAUGCUAACAAACAGAUCAGCAUCCCUUUGUCUGCCCUGCAGCUGCCUGGACAGGAUGAGCAAGUUGCUUCUGAAGAGUUCCUGUCCCAUCUGCCCAGCCAGGUCUCCUCUUGUGAGGUAGCCCUUUCUCCCUCCGUUAAUACAGAGCCAGAAGUGAGCUCCAGUCAGCAGCAGCCCCCAGUUGCUCCAACCAUAACCACUGAGGCCACGGCACAGUGCAUACCAGACCAGGAUGAAAGAGCAGCUGAGCUCAGCAGGGAGCAGAAUGAGAAAACCAUCCGGAGCACGCAGACCGCGCUCCGCAAUUUCCCCUAUUCUACUAAGCUCAACAAAUUUCCUGUAUUUAAUAUUAAUGAUGACUUGAAUGAUCUGUGUACCAGUGCAGUAAGCCCAAAUACUACCAAAGCCACGCGGUAUGCCCUGAAUGUGUGGCGAUAUUGGUGCAUGACCAACGGGCUCAAAGAGCACAUGGACAUCACCAAGAUCCCUGCAGUGAAGUUGAACGAGCUGCUCGAGAACUUUUACGUCACCGUUAAGAAGAGUGACGGCUCAGACUUCCUGGCCACCUCACUCCAUGCCAUUCGCCGAGGUCUGGACCGUAUCCUGAAGAAUGCAGGUGUGGGCUUUUCCAUCACCAGCAGCACCUUCAAUUCUUCCACCAAGAAACUCAAGGAGAAGCUGUGGGUGCUGAGUAAGGCAGGGAUGUCAGGUGCCCGUUCCCGCAAUAUUGUCUACUUCUCCUUUUCUGAUGAGGAGGAGAUGUGGCAGACAGGGUGUCUAGGGGAUGACAGCCCUAUCACUCUCCUGUCCACUGUGGUCAAGUACAACAGCCAAUACCUGAAUAUGCGGACGCUGCAGGAGCAUGCAGAUCUGAUGUAUGGUGACAUCGAGCUGCUCAAAGACCCACAAAACCAGCCCUAUUUUGCCCGGACAGACAGUGUCAAGCGGGAGAGUCGGAGUGGUUCCACUAGAAUAUGUCAUGGGAAAAUCUACCAUGAGCAUUCCAGGGGACACAAACAGUGCCCUUACUGCCUCCUCUACAAGUACAUGUACAUCCACCGGCCACCCACCCAAAUGGAGGCCAAGUCUCCUUUCUACCUUACCGCCAGGAAGGAGGCCACUGACAUGGGCAGUGUGUGGUAUGAGGAACAGAGGAUGGGACUGCGGUCUCUUCGGGGAAUUGUCCCAAACUUAGCCAAGAAGGUCAAGCUGGAGAACUGUGAGAACUUCACCUUCGUCUCGUUUACUCAGGUCUCCAGGAGGCUUGGCUCCCAUAGCUUCUGCCAGUGAGUCUUCCCUGGCUCUGCCACUACCCUGCUCACCCUGAUAGGUGAGCUCCCUCAGGCGGCCAAGGCCAGAGCUCUGAGGAGGCAGGAGACGACCAUGACUCCAUGGUCAGGCAGUCUCGGUCAAUGUGACCUGCUAUAUCUUUGAUUUUGAAUUUUUUAACUGGAAGUAGAAGAGUCUGAAUAAUUAGGAUGUUUUAUCCAAAUGUGUGUCACCUUUGUUAAAUUAAUAGAAUCUAAUAGAAUGUAUAAUUGCUAUACACACACGAGUGAGGAAGUUCAUUUUAUCUAGUGCCUUUUUAGCACAGAUUUUCUCAAAAGAAAAAAGAAAAAAAAAAAAGGAAAACUGUUUAAGUAGUCAUUAAAAAAAAAAUCCCAGUAGCCUAGUAGCUUUAGAAUGUUAUAAAGACUAAUACACUUUGUUGAAUUACAUUCACAAUAAUGAACUAGAACAAAAGAGGCAGACACAUUAACUAGUUCCAGGAGAAAAAUUGCACUUGACACUUCUUUAUGUUUUGUUGAUGGAUAACUUGGUUCUGCAGAGCAAGCAGCCUUGUGUGAUGGAAGAUGGUGGAGCUACACUCAGUCAUGCUGAGGGAGAGGCAGGGAGCUGCUCCGGCUGCUCUCAGCACUGGGAGGAACUUGAUCUCUGCAUCAAUGGAGAGAGUUUUAUGAAAAAAGAUGAAUGCACCAAAAGGUGUUUGUGAGAACAAGGUUUCCAGUGAACUCGAUGGUUUGUACCACGAGGGGAUUUCCGGUAGUGAGAGUGGCCUGGAAAAGCGAUCUGUGAUCAAAAUGUGAAAACCUCCUGCAGCAGAAGUGCCUACAUUUUAUUUCUCAGCACCACGUGAAAGCUGUUUUCAUUUGCACAUUUUUUGGAGUGUUUUUUGUCUGUUCUUUGUGUCCUGUGGUUGUUCUGUCAGCGUAUAGCACUGGAUCUGUAAAACAGCUAAAGGUAAUUUUCAGGCUUAACCAGGAAAACCUAACAAAACAAGCUGCAAAGAAAACAAACCCCAAAAUGUGUUGAUUCAAGAGGUUUGAAAUAUUUUUCUCAAAGUAGGACUUUUUCAGCCACAAUAAAAGUCAUCGGUUUAGGUGGGCACCAAUGCUUGGGACAUGGUGACGUUGGCAGCCUACCAGGUAAGCAGACGCAGCAGUAAGGACACAUUGUAACAUCAGAGCAUGGUGACGGGUUAUUCAUGCAGUUUGAAAUCAUGUCACUGAGAUAAAACCUAACCUGAGCACACGUUAUUGAAACAGCAGCAGAAUUUCCCAGUAACUGCUCUGAAUGCAAAACCAUAAGUGAAACAGGAGCCCAAAGAGUGUUGACUAAUCAUAAUAAUUUCUAGGAUCUUUCUUUUGUAUUUGAGGAAAGGCUGCUACAGCUUUAUACCAUUUUGUUCCUGUGUGCGCUUUCUAAUCCAAAAUUAAAAUUCCAAUACAAAUUCACUUUGCAGGAGUCCUAAAAUCAGUCCUAUUUUUUUUUGAAAACAAUAUUUUAGUAUUUAUUUUAAUUAAUUGUUUUUAAAAAUCAUUCACUGGUCACUGAAAUAUGUAAUACUUCCUUUCCCAGAGAAGACUCAACCAAUGCUGCCUUAAGGUUUAAUGUUGUUCCCUUUUUAGUUACUGCCCAUUUAUGAUUUUGUUCACUAGUUGGUCUUUCCUGACUAUAGAUUAAUUUUGGUAUGUCCCCAUCUGUAAAUAAAUAACAGGUAAUAUUUAAUAAUCAGUGUUAUGACUUGAUGUUGCAUACUGUUAUGUUGUGGUUUCCUAUGGUGAUGUUAGGGUUUUGAUUAAAAAGAGACACAAAACAUUAGAUACAAUUUCCUUUAGUUUGCUAAACACCCAAAGGAUAUUUUGUUUGUGGAAAGCAGAUGGUCAUUUUUCUUGUCAGUUCUGCACUUAAACAGAAAUAUAAUCUCUGUGAACUAUUGGGCAGAGCCUGUAGCCUAAUUAAACAGAAGCUCCAUUUUUAUUUUAAAUAGAUUCAAGAAGAAAUUGCCCUUAGGAAUCACUGGGAUCUUUUCACAUUUUAAUAUUUCCAGAAGUAGCAAUAAGUGAUCCAGAGGUUGUAAUCUUUCUGUUGAUAGUGGCUUUUCAUCAGUUGAAUAACCAUCUCUGCCUCAGAUUUGUUGCUUAUUAUCUAUUUGAUGUACUAUAAAUCACCAGAGUUCUGAAGUGAAUCAUUCUAAUAAAAAAUCAGGAGGGAGAAUCUUCAGUGAUAUCUGAUGGAAGAAAGAAUUUUAUCUCAGCAUCCUAAAUGCAGUUCAUUUCAUGCGUCCUUGGGGAAUGGGAGUGAGGA